GAGACCAGAUUCAUCAGAUGCAUAUUCUAUAUCAUUCUGCUUCCAAGCAAGAUAUUCAGAGGUCUAGCGUCGCGCAGCUCGGGGUGUUUGUGGUGCAGUAGUGCGGGAGGCAGCGGUCGACAGUGGAUGUCACGUACAUGUCGACUUCUUGUCGAUUGCGGCUGCAUGUUUUCCCACGCCUCCUCCACGUAUCCCGGACAUUCAGGGUUUCGCUACCGCACCGUGAUUGCCAGUCUCUACACUUGGACGUCUUUGCUCGACGAGCCUGCACUGCUCCCGGUAUCACGCACUUCACGACCUUGGACGUUUCUGAUUGACCUGCUGGAGGCGCGAUGUUGUUGGACGUCAAUAGGAAGCUCUUCAGCCGGUCCGAUCGUGUCAAGGGCGUGGACUUCCACCCGACGGAGCCCUGGCUACUCACCGGUCUCUACAAUGGCACCGUGAACAUCUACCACCUCGAGACAGGGUCGAUCGUCAAGACAUUCGAGGUCUCCGAGGUUCCCGUCCGAUGCGUCAGGUUCAUUCCUCGCAAGAACUGGUUCGUCGCGGGCUCGGACGACUUCCAGCUACGCGUGUUCAACUACAAUACGCAUGAGAAGGUCACCGCAUUCGAGGCGCACCCGGACUAUAUCAGAUGCCUGACGGUGCACCCGACGGCGAGCAUCGUGUUGACUGGUAGCGAUGACAUGACGAUCCGGGCAUGGGACUGGGACAAGCAGUGGAGGUGUAUACAGACCUACGAGGGUCACACUCAUUAUAUCAUGAAUGUUGCGAUCAAUCCGAAAGACCCCAACACCUUCGCGUCGUCAUGUCUCGACCGGACGGUCAAAAUGUGGUCAUUAGGCUCCUCCACCCCCAACUUCACUCUCGAGGCACACGACAAGGGCGUCAACUACGUCGACUUCUAUCCCGGUGCAGACAAGCCGUACCUCGUAACAGCAAGUGACGAUCGCACGGUCAAGAUCUGGGACUACCUCAGCAAAAGUUGCGUGCAGACACUGGAGAGUCACUCCAACAAUGUCCUAUUCGUCGUGUUCCACCCGAACCUGCCGCUCAUCAUCAGCGGUGGUGAGGAUGGUACAGUAAAGCUCUGGAACAGCGGGACGUAUAGGCUGGAGAAUACCCUCAGCUAUGCGCUUGAGCGGGCAUGGUGCAUUGCUGUUCGGAAGUCAUCUAACGAGGUCUCCGUCGGUUAUGAUGAGGGUGUCGUCGUCGUGAAGCUCGGCAGGGACGAGCCUACAUACAGCAUGGACCCCUCAGGGAAGCUUAUCUACACGCGCAACAACGAGGUCCUCUCCGCCAACCUGCAAACCGUGCAGGAGGACGCGCUCACAGAGGGCAACCGCGUCCCGCUGUCGAUCAAGGAGCUCGGCACGACCGAGAUCUACGCCACCUCGCUGAUGCACUCGCCGAAUGGGCGGUUCGUGACCGUCGUCGGCGACGGGGAGUACAUCGUGUACACCUCGCUCGCGUGGCGGAACAAGGCGUUCGGCAACGGCAACUCGUUCGCGUGGGCGGGUGACUCGAAUACGUAUGCGGUGCUGGAGGGACGGAUGAAGGUGCGCGUGUACAAGAACUUUAGAGAGAGAGGCGGCGCGGGGAUGAAGGGUGCGGGCUCGUGGAGCAUUGAUGCGCUGCACGGGGGCACGUUGCUCGCUGCACGAGGAAGCGGCUUCGUCGUCUUCUGGGACUGGGAGUCGGGUGAGGUUGUGCGGAGAAUAGAAGUGGAUGCCAAAAAUGUGUUCUGGUCAGGGACUGGCAACCUUGUUACCAUCGCGACGGAGGAGUCGUACUUCGUCCUACGAUUUGACCGAGACGCAUACAAUGCAAAACUCGAGGAGGGCGUGGAUAUCAGCGAUGAGGGUAUUGAGGAGGCAUUCGAGCUCGUCGCAGAGAUAUCCGAAGUAGUGAGAACCGCUAAAUGGAUCGGCGACUGCUUCAUCUACACGACAGCAGCCAACAGAUUGAAUUACUUCAUCGGCACUGAAUCAUAUACUAUUACACCCUUCGACACCCCUCUCUACAUCCUUGGUUACCUUCCAGCGCAGAAUCGAGUCUACCUGGCAGACAAGGACAUGAACGUCUUCAACUAUAUCCUUUCGCUAGCAUUGGUUGAGUACCAGACUGCUGUCCUCCAGGAGGACAUGGUGGCGGCCGCAGAGAUCUUGCCCACCAUUUCGAAGGAACAGCGGACUAAGGUCGCAUCCUUCCUUGAGGCCCGGGGUCUCAAGGAGCUCGCGCUGCAAGUGACCACCGACCCAGACCACAAGUUCGACCUCUCACUACAACUUGAUGACUUGGAUGCUGCAGUCGAGAUCGCACGGACAACUCCUGAGUUGGAGGCAGAGGCCAAGUGGAAGCAGAUCGGCGACAGGGCACUCGCCGUCUGGCGGUUUGACCUCGCCCGGGAGAGUUACGAGAAGGCGGGCGAUCUCAGCGCCUUGAUGCUGCUCCUGUUGGCCAUCGGAGACAGGGACGGCCUGGCGAAGCUGGCAGCAACGGCCGCGCAAAAGGGCCAGAACAACCUCGCGUUUGCGUCGCUGUUGCAGCUCGGUGAUCCGAAGCCAUGCGUGGACCUGCUCGUGAAGACGCACCGGGCGCCAGAGGCGGCCAUGUUUGCGCGGACAUACGCGCCGAGCAAGGUGCCAGACGCUGUGGACGCGUGGCGGGCGGAAUUGAAGACCAAGGGGCGCACAAAGCUCGCUGCUACGAUCGCACAUCCCGGCGACAACCCAGAGCUAUUCGAGGAGGGUUGGGAGGGCGCACUUGGCCGUGAGCGUGGCGAGGCGCAGCAGCCGCCUUCUGAGUCGCUUGUCAACGGCACUUCAGAAGCGGAGGCAGAGGGACCGCCGGAAGAGUGAGGUGGUUGCAGCUCAGCGAUUCCGUUGCGGGGGUGAAGGGUCGUGACUCUGAGUCGCGGAUUGUCCACAAGGGGGAGAGGGCGAGCUGUCUCAAAACCAGACCGGGCUUGUUGACGGACGAUAGUGUAAAUGUUAUUUAUUUGUUCUGCACCGAGACACACAAUGCCACGGGCCUCUGAGAGUGCCGCGGAAAGGCGGUGUCUGAGAAA